CUCGCGGCGUUGCAAUGGCAACUGACUGCACGGAGGCUCCGCGUGCUCAUCCACAACAACAAAAACUUUGUCCGAUUUGAACAAGUCGCCGACCCCCCUCUCCCGAGCGCGCGAGUCAGAGAGAGAGAGAGAGAGCGCGAGCAAACGAGCUGGUCGCGAAGCGAUUUUUUUUUUUUUUCUUGUCUAAGUUUAUUUCUCGUUUUCUUUUCUAAUGUGAGCAACGAACGAAGCGGUGCCCUCUUUUUUUUUUCUUCUUCUCCUUUCCUCCUCCGGACCUCUCUCGGCUGGAAGAUGUUCCAGGGAUGUAGGCUAACUGUGGAAGAGGUGCAGUCCUGGUGGGAAGUGCCCGCCAUCGCCCACUUCUGCUCCCUGUUCAGGACGGCCUUCAGCCUGCCGGACUUCGAGAUCGAGGAGCUGGAGGAGGCACUGUUGAAGCAGGACUGCGACUUCCUGGCGGAGCUCAUCGCUUCCCUGCUGCAGGGAUGCUACCAGCGCACGGACAUCACACCUCAGUCCUUCAGUUCAUACCUCGAUGACAUCAUCAAUUACCGCUGGGAGCUGGAGGAGGGAAAGCCUAAUCCAUUGCGGCAGGGCCCCUUCGAGGUGCUGCCUCCCCGCACGCAGGUGGAGCUGCUGCACCGCCUCUGUGACUACCGGCUGGACGCCGCCGAUGUCUUUGACCUGCUCAAGGGAUUGGAUGCGGACAGCCUGCGAGUGGAGCCUCUAGGGCAGGACGGAAAUGGCGCCCUCUACUGGUACUUCUAUGGCACACGCAUGUACAAGGAGGAGCCGGUCAGGCCGAAGCCAGGUGAACUCAGCGUGAUCCCCGAGGUCAAGAUUCCAGAGAAAAGGAAGAGGGGGAGGCCACCUAAGAAAAAGAAGCUGGAGGAAGAGCAGCGGCUGAGUGAGGUGGACACCGUGGUCACGGAGAAUGGCGUGGAAACUCAGGAGCCAGGCGAAGAGCGGCAGCGUGGUACCUGGUCACUGGUGUGCGACACUGAGGAGCAGUGGGUGAACCUAGCCAACAACCUCAAGGACAGUACCUCCCCUCAAGCUCGUCACCUCUACAGAAUCAUCAGCCAGAACUUCCUGCCAGAGAUCAGCAGCAUGAUCGUGCACAAGGAGAAGGAACAGAAGGAGAAACGGUUAGAUCCCGUUCCACUUCGCAGCUCACACCGACCACCUUCCAGCCGUCUCACCCGUGAAGAGCAGGAGACCUUGAGGGCCAUUGAGAACGUGGAGCAACAGAAGCGCAAGGAGGAGGAUGCAGACCGGCAGGCACUGCUGGCAGAGCAGCGCAGGGAAGAAGAGAGGUUCUUGCAGGAGGAGAGGCAGCGUGAGGAGCAGGAGAGGAUUAAGGCAGUGGAGGAACGUGCACGACGGCGCCAGCAGCGGGAGGAGAAGGCAUGGUUGCUGUCACAAGGCAAGGAGCUGCCACCUGAACUGCUGCACCUGGACACCCACUCACCCAUCCGCCGUGCCCGUCGCACCAAGGAACUGUAUGAAAUUGAUGAUGAUUACACUGCUUUAUACAAAGUGCUGGAAGCCCUCAAGGCCCAUAAGGAUGCAUGGCCCUUCUUAGAGCCAGUAGAUGAAUCCUAUGCCCCCAACUAUCAUGAAAUCAUCCAGACCCCAAUGGACCUUUCCACCAUUGAGAAGAAACUGAACCAAGGGCAGUACCUCGCCAAGGAUGAAUUUGUGUCUGAUGUGAAGCUCAUGUUUGACAACUGCCAGGAAUACAACGGAGAGGACAGCGAGUACACCAUGAUGGCAGAGUCUUUGGAGCGUUGCUUCACCAAGGCCCUCUUGAAGCACUUCCCAGCGGAGGAGGGUGACACGGACGAGGAGUUCAACAUCGGCAACGAGGACCGGGAUCGACGGGAGCGGCGCCGGAACCGAGGGCAGAGAACUGGGGGUCAGGCCGGGCUUGAAAACCUGGUCCGGGCUAGCGAGCAACAGGCUCGCCGUUUUAAUGACCCCCGCGGCAGUGGCAAAGGUAGCGGCCCAAAGGAAGAGAACAGACGUGUGCGCCCCCAGCCCCCUCCUUCACCCUGGACCAACGAGAUGCCUAAAGACCAUACCUUCCAGCCAGGACAGCCUCGCCCUACAUCUGACAUUCAUCCUAACAUGUUCCACCAAACUCAGAUGCCGGCCCACCACCCCCAUGGCCCUGCACCCUUUGCCCAACGCAUGGCUAUGGAUUCGAGAUUUUCCUUCCCUAGGCAGAGACCUCCGGAGCCUAAGCCUGGGGAGCCGAACACAUGGCGCCUACCUCCCAACUUCAACAUGCAGGCUUCUUCUGGCGAUGGCCAGUGUCUGGGCCCCAGGUUUCCAGUGGAUUCAAAGGCUCGACUUCUGCAUCCCUGUCACCAGCAGCAUUCGUAUCUGGGGCCAACUCAUGGUCCCUCUCUGGGUCCACGUCCCAUAGCUCUACAGUCCGGGGGCCUCUGCAGCCCAUCUCCUGAAGGGCAGGUGACUUAUACUUCCGGGAGUCGACACCCAGUACCAGAGGUUCUGCAGCAAAACAGCCCGUUUGCUCGCUUCUGCCCGCCUGUGGCGGUUAUGCCUGCCGCAUGGCCGGGGAUGAACGCUGAAGGGCACGAGCGGCCUGCAAGGCCCGCGAUGCAGGAUCAAGUCAUGAGUAGCUCAUCUGCCCAACGCCCUUUUAGCUCUAUCAUGGGACGGCCGCCCGCGCCCACAAAGCCCUGGCCAGACCAGACAGUGCGAUAUCAUGCCCCCAAUGGGCAGUACAGGAUGCCUACCUCCAGCUCUCCAAGCCCUGGGCCACCGCACGACUCCCGGCCCCUCCUGGCCUCCAUGUUGGAGAGUCCAGAGAUGAUCGCCCUUCAGCAGCUGUCUGCUUCCUCAAGGCCACCCGCAAGACCCCAGUGUCCAUCACUCCUUCCACAACACCAACUGGGGGGCUUUCAGCAGCCUCCGCAGGCUUCCCCUGCCCCAGUUGCCCCGCUGCAUCUGCCCCGCUCAGAAAUGCAGUUGAUUCGUCCUGCAAGGGAAGCCACAGCUGAGAGCUGUCCCACUAAAAACUUGGAUUCAGCACCUCAGGGUUUGACGCCACCUGAGUCCAAAUCGGCCGUCCAGCUGUCCCGAGUGACCCCAGUCCAGGCUGAACAGGAGCGCCGGUCUGUCCCCAGCCCCACGGAACACCCAAAUCGGAUCUGUGGGUCACUGCAGAGCCCAUCCGCCCCCGACAUGGGAAGACACCAAGAGAGAGGGGAGGCAGGGCCAGGGGCAGCACCGGGACACCCUCAGGGCACUGAAACCUGCAAAACGGAGAGAGCUCUCGCAUCCCAGAAUGCACCACAGGAUGGUCGAGCACACAACUCUCCUCCACAAACUGUCCUACGUUCUGCGUCCCACGCUCACGCUCUGCCCCAGGUACCCAGCCAAUCGAGCUUAGGGGACAGUGUGGACCAGGCACCCAGUGGCAGCCCUCUACUAGAGCAGAAUGUUGCAGCUGCCACCAUGAUAAGGUCACCUGGGAUGGCCAAUGGCCAUCCUGAACCACAGGCUUUCUCAUCAGAGCUUCACACUCAACUGGUGGGCAGGGUUCGGCUGGGACUGGCCUCCAGGGGACCCACACAGCCCCAAGCAGCCCAUCACCUGGGACAGGAAAAUGUAGCCCAGGGCCAGCUUGGUUCUGCAGGUUCACUCCACGCACAGUAUGGUAUCCCCAUGGGACGAACCCUGCCGGGCACCAACCAUCAGGCCUUCGGCAGCCAGUCUCCUGGCCAGCCUAUGAACCCCCACCCCAGUGCUGCGCAGUAUCCCACCUAUCACCUGCAGGGAGCAGCAUACCCGUACCGCAUGGCUUCUCCAAAUCACCAGGGCAACACCAGCAUGUUCUCACCAUACCAGCAACCGCAGUACUACCCCCAGCCUCAGAGCAGUAAGAGGGGUGGCUUCCCAGUAAUGGAGUGGCAGCGCUCCCCAUAUCACUCUCGUCAUCCCGUGCCUUCUGGUGCCUAUGUGCCGACGGUUUCUAAUGUUAACGGGCGUCCGAAGGAGAGCAGCGCAUCCCCGCACGGUUCGGAGGGCUCCGGGGGUGGUUUACUCUCCCCCGGCUCGGUGCCUGAGAGCCGGGAGGCUGGCAGCCCCCUGAAGCCAGCGCACAUGGAGAAUGGCCCGGAGCAGCCCGAGAGCCCCAAGGAGAUCCUGGACCUAGAUAGCCACAAUGCAGCAGUGCGUCACCGUGGAGCCCAACCCCCCUAUGCAGGUGACUUCCUGUAUGACUCGCGCACAACACAACCCGGAGUGCACCAGGGUGAUGUUCCACCACCGCAUGCAUUGCCUCGCCCCCCCUACUCUGCCCACCCGUAUCCCUGCGGUCCCUACACUGCCCAGCGGUCCCACCCACACCUGAUGGAGGCUCUGCAGCACCUCCCCUACCCUCCUGGCCAGUCUCAGAUGACCUUGUACAGACACCCCAGAGCAGGUGGCCACUUCCAGGGAAUUAUGGUCCAACAGAGGAAUACGGUUCAGGAGCACUACCUCCAUCCUGGGCAGCAGGUGACGUGUGCAGGACCUCCCAGGGACCCUGGCAGCAAGCAGGGAGUGUGAGGAGCAUGCUGGGAGCGGUCCCGCAGAGGGAUGGUGAUGCGACUGAAGACAAGCUCCUCCUUCCCUGCCCUGAGAAUGGCGAUGACUUCAACCUGCCUGUCAGUGUUACCGAAUGGGAUGCUGCAUUUGUGCUUUGAAGGCGGUGGGAUUUAUUGCCAGUCCAGUUGUGUGAAGUUCUUGCUUGGUUUGGACAGUGAACACACCCCUAGGGCCACUUGCACCCGUGAGAGCCUUUCCACCAGCCAUAGUACCAAGUCUUCCUUGCAUCACCUCAUCCUGAGCCUAUCCCUCCUCCUCAUCUUGUUCAACCACUGACAGACUUCUUGGAUGGAUGAGCAUGGAGGAUGAUGUGGGGCGAUGGUCCCGCCAACGCCUAGAGACGAUUCUUUAAAACCCUAUAGACUCUUCCGCCCAUUUGUAGAGGUCCCGAACCCACAAAGGGCGUCUUGCUGUGUUGCCUUUUACUCGUUGAAUGUAUGUGUAAGUAAUCAUAUCGUAUGUACAGCUCACGUACCCGUGAGAAUGGACGCGGAAUGGGUCGGGCAUUUGCGCUUUUCUUUUUCUCAAUCUACUCGGGCGCUGUUUUGGUGUAUUUGGGCGCAUUGAACGUCGCCUUCGCUCUAAGAAUGUUUAAAGACUAUAGGCUCACUGCACUGUGUAAUUCGUGUUCACAUUCUCAAAAUAGUGGCCUUGAACUUUUUUAAAACAAUUUUUUGCGGUUUUGUUUGUCACCGUGAAUAUAUUUAUGUCCAUGGCAUACUACUGUCUCUGCUAAUGUAGAUACGUACACUGCACAGGGUUCACCGCAAAACACUGUACACAUUCAUUUCCCUGCCAUGAAAAAAAAAUUAUGUACUGAGAAAUUUUUCUCUCAUAAUCCCAGGAGGAUUAUUGACUACUUGGAAUGAUUUUUGCUGUCAGUUAUUAGGAGGCGGAGUAUGUUUACUACUUAUGCAUCAAAAUCCUUGUGUAAUUUUUCUGAAAAAAUUACUUUUGUCCUGGAAUGGAAAUUCAUGUGUAGCUGCUUCAUACUGUGACAAGUGCAGAGUUCUAGUACUAACUGUAGCGCGUAGUAUUACAGAAAAUACUUUUUUGUGGGCAUCCAGUUCUCCCAUAAAAUGAUCUAAAGUCCUCAGGGUAUAGAGUUUUAAUACGGGUAUUUUAAAAAUGAGAUAUACGGACAUUUGAGAUCAGUUCAUGCAACAGACGACAGGUUGUCUUCACAGGAGACUUCAUUGAACUUUCUUUGUGUUGUGAAGCCGGUGGAGCCGUGGUCAUUUUAUUGCAAUCGGAUGUUACUACAAUGCUGGAUUUUGACCUUUUUUGCUUUAUCUUUGGGCAUUUUGUCUUAUUUUUAGGAAAAUGUGAUAGUGUUCUGAUGGGAAGCACGUGCGGGAAGUUCAGCUCCGUAUGACUUAACCAGACAAACAUCUUGUCUUUUUCCAAACAUGUUUCUUCCCUCCCAGUUCUUUUGCCCAGUGUCAGUUCAGUCAGUUAUAUAUAUUCUUAUUUUUCUAAUUAAAAAGCUUAAACAACUUCCCGAUUGCUUCCUUUACAAUUUGUGCUCCAUGAGCGCGGGCACCUUCUGGCGUGGUGGCCAUGGAGUUUUAAACUACCUCAGAGAGCUCACCAUUGUCCUGUCGCCACCACUCCCAGAUGUCCCGCCCUCAGUGCCUCCUGGAGCCGGAUGCUGUGGUCUCCUUGGCAACAGGAUUAAUUUGUGGCCAGGGAACAGAUGCUUCCCGUGUGUGGAGCAGAUAAGUCAGACAGGGCAAAGAAGAGCUGUCACCGCUACUUUUUGCCGAAAAGAUAGGUGAAAGCUCUCCGCGUAGCAAAAGGUUUAUUGCCUUGGAAUUGUUUAUACUGUCCUCUGCUGUUGAUUCUGGGUAAAAUCUGAAACGUGCUCUUCCACCCUCACUAUUGUCUGCACUAGGAAACUAGACUGG